UCAGUUAUACAGUCUUCAAAGAACAAGAGGGAACAAGCCUGCCAAGCCCAGCAUCCCAAAACAAGCAAAUUUAUUAUAAAGUAGAGCAACUUAUAGUACGUCUAGAAAUGGAAAUUUCUAAGGUAAAAAAGAUCAUGCGAUCCAUGAUCCCUAGGAUUGUCACUAUUUGCUUUGCUCUGCUUGUACUUGGUGGGCUCACAGCAGCCUAUGCCACUGGAUUUCAAAUUGUUAGUGAUCCAUAUCAUAUUAUAUCUUUUGGCAUAUAUGGUGCUUUCUUAAGCCUCCAUAUGAUAGUACAAAGUUUUUUUGCUUGGUUAGAACACAGAAAAAUGAGAGAAGAUUGCCUCACUUGCAGCUAUACCAAGACAGUUGCACUAACAAUCGCAGCCUAUCAGGAGGACCCUAACUACCUCAGAGAGUGUCUGCUAUCUGUUAAGAACACACAGUACCCAUCUGACAAACUCAGGAUCAUAAUGGUGGUUGAUGGAAACAAAGAGGAUGACCAGUACAUGAUGGACAUGUUCAAGGAGGUUUUUGAAGGGGAAGAUAUUGGCACUUAUGUCUGGGAACAUAAUUAUCACUCAUGGAACCCAGAAUCAGAAUGUAUACCUAAUGCAGCACAACAAGAGAAUGUCUAUGAAAGCAUUGAUCAGCUUGAUAAUCUUGUGUAUCAUGAACUCCAAACUGAAGACCUUGGGAAGUUAACAGUAGAAGAAAUUAUUAAAACGAAGCGUUGUGUGUGCAUCAUGCAGAAGUGGGGAGGAAAGCGGGAAGUUAUGUACACUGCCUUUAAAGCUCUAGGAGACUCAGUCGACUUUGUCCAGGUCUGUGAUUCUGACACUAAGUUAGACCCACUGGCUACCAUAGAGUUAGUAAAAGUGCUGGAGUCCAAUGAAAAGUAUGGUGCUGUUGGUGGAGAUGUGAGAAUUUGGAAUCUCUCCGAUUCCUACAUCAGUUUCAUGAGUAGCCUCAGGUACUGGAUGGCCUUCAACAUCGAGAGAGCUUGUCAGUCCUAUUUUGACUGUGUUUCUUGCAUCAGUGGUCCACUUGGUCUAUACAGAAAUGACCUUCUGCAGCAGUUUCUUGAGUCUUGGUACAAUCAGAAAUUUCUAGGGACUCACUGCACCUUUGGGGAUGACAGGCACCUCACAAAUCGGAUGCUGAGCAUAGGAUAUGGUACAAAGUAUACUGCAAAGUCAAGAUGCUACUCAGAGACCCCAGGCCAAUAUCUGAGGUGGCUGAAUCAACAGACUCGCUGGACCAAGUCUUACUUCCGAGAGUGGCUCUACAAUGCUUUAUGGUGGCACAAGCAUCAUCUUUGGAUGACCUAUGAGUCCAUCGUGGCUGGCGUCUUCCCCUUUUUUGUUACAGCUACAGUCAUUAAAUUGUUUUACAGUGGAAGCUUAUGGGACAUUUUAUGGGUUCUGCUCUGUAUCCAGAUAAUAGGCCUCUGUAAAUCACUAUAUGCUUGUUAUUUAAGGGGAAGCCUGGUCAUGCUGUUCAUGUCACUCUAUUCGGUGCUAUACAUGACUAGCCUUCUACCCACUAAGUACUUUGCCAUCCUAACGAUGAACAAGAGUAGCUGGGGCACUUCAGGAAGAAAGAAGAUCGUUGGCAACUACAUCCCUCUACUUCCUCUCUCAGUGUGGGCUGCCAUCUUACUUGCAGGUUUAUGUUACACAAUCUACAAAGAAGUUGACAUUGGACUGUUGGGGUGGAAUGACAUAGUAAAGCAGGCAGAGGUAACUUACCUGAUAUAUGGUUGUGUUGCAUAUGUUUACUACUGGCUGUUUAUGGUUGGUUUGUACUGGGUAUGGAUCAAACGGUGCUGCAGGAAAAGAUCAGGAUUUUAUAAUGUCCAGGUAUAGAUUAUUGUGAUUAGAUUACCUGGCCCGUAUAUGAAAAUUUUCCUUUAAGUGAAUACAUACCAGGGAGAUUCCUAUAUUCCAUGGGCUACAUCAGAGCCCAGAGAAAAAGCACAACAAUUUUGUGUUAGUGAAUCAUGCGUAGGUAGACUGGUGUAUUCACCUCAACCAGUCAGAGUUUAGCAGUAAAAUAAGUCAUCAGAGGAAGAAUCCAGGCUAGCUCACUGCACUAUACUAUAGCAGUUUCACUGGAUUAUAGGGCAUUGCACUUGGUAGGGCAAUACAAUGUGGUGUGCAUUUUUGCACUGUAUAAAGACUUUUGACCUUUAUGGAUUUUACAGUGCAAUGUCACCACGAGUAUACAUUUUGUGUCAGAUAUAAUCCACAAACUUUGACUGAAAUUGCCCCAUUUAAGAUCACUUCACUGUAUCUGUUAUCUAACAUAAUAAAUCAGUGAAUACAUAAAUAGGCAUGUUUUGAAAAACGUCAGGAGAGAAGCAAGUUGUUUGUUGUAGGGACACAACCCAAGCAUUCCAGGUUCAGUUAGUGGAUCCGAUGCCAGAAGAGCUGACUACAGAAGAUAUAGAAAUGAAGAUGCAUAGCCUGCUCACCUUCUUCGGGUGGGGGGCAUGCUGCCAUUCAUGUGAGGCAUAACAAUACCAAGUAAAGGUUGGGUUGAAUGACUGACUGGGAUGGCCAACAUCUCAGGAAUUGGGGGCAGGCAUCUGAGAAACCUGUCACUAUGGAGGCAGAGCAUGUCAUCUAAUGAUGACUCAUUGUACAUUGCCUAUGUGAUGACACUGUCACCAUGUAGGGAGAGCUAGGCAUUCUACUGCAAGCUGCACUAUCAGCAGCUGUCCAUGGUGUGUCAGCCUGCUUCAAAACAAGUGAAAGAAAAGGCAAAACUCUAAAUAAAAAUGAAAACACGAUAAUCAGUUCUGCCAUAAUCUCUGUUUAGAUGUCCUCAGGCAAUAUAUGCCACAAAGCACAAGAUCAAAGGUCAAGUGCUUCUGUUACAGAAACAAUAGAGAAUGAUUCAUGAACUACCUGCUCUGUUAUAUCAUCAAACCUCAGCAGAACACUUAGAAACAGAGAAGCUGGAAACAAGUGCAAUCCUCCAUCCUUAAAUGCAACAUCCAAGAGUUCCUAUUAAUGACUAAUAGUGACUUGUUUGAUUUCUUAUUUCCACUACUCAGCAGUAUACCUGCAUACUUCCAUUAGGUAACAAACAAGUUCAGCAUAACCUGGUCAGGAAUUAAAUAUUUCCCAUUCUGCAUUUUUGUCCUUUCCUUAAUUUGAAGUUGGGGGUAUGUAAUACAUUCUGGAAUGUUUCCUUUCAGAUAUGUACAGUUUGAGUUUUAAUGACUGUUUUUAAUUUAUUUGUAAGAAAAAAUUGUUUAUUUAUUAAUGUAUUUAUUUAUUCUGUUUAAUCAUGCAUGAAGAGCAUGCCUGUCAUACUUAAAAAAAUAGCAAAAUCAAAGAGCAAAAAUACAAUAUAAGUAGAUAUAGCUUGGAUGUUGACAGCGUGCUGGAUAAUACAACAGCACAUUCAGGAGAUUUCUGGAAAGCCAGUUACUUUAGCACUUUUUUCGUUAUAAAACAAAAUAUUUGCAAAGCAAGACUAAAUAACUGUGGUGCUUCAUGGAUAAAUAUUUUCAUGAAAUGAUAACAAUUCCUAUGCUUCAUUUGUUCCACAUUGAUUGUACAUGUUGUUUGCACUUGUAUUUUAUAUUGUUAACAGUGCUCGAAGGACUUUCCAUUUUUAAACAAAUGUGUCUGGUUGAUAUUGAUAUUACAAUGAAUACUGGAAUGGGAUCAUAUCUUCUAAAUACCUGUGGAUUAUAAAUGCUGUUGAAAUCAAUCAUUGUCCUGAGUACACAGAGCUUGUAGUUUACAACUAAAUAUUUCAAUUUCUGUUAAAAGCAAUGCUGGCCAAAGACUUGGACAGAACUUUCACUCCUUUGCCCAAAAUUCCAGUAUUAGUGUUAAGCAAAGCCAAUAACUUUAUGUUCGUACAUAUUUCUGCAUUGCUGUAUUUUACUUUUUAUUAGGAACUGGUAAUCUUAAGAGAUACAUAGCUUGUUUUAUUCUACACUCUAUAAAUCUCUUUCUUUUAUUAAUCUGUUAGCUAAAGACUAUUUUCAGCUGUUACACACAAAAUAUAAAUUAUUUAUUAAUUUAUUUAUUUAUCUUUGUUUAUCAGGAAAUUCCAACUGGGUUAAAGCCCUUUUUCAGAAUAGGCACAGGGAGAAAAGCUUUGUAUUUAACAUCACUUUUGACAUAUAGAAAAAUGCAGUUACAUGAUAUCAGAAGGAAUACAAAAUAUAGGUAAGUGUAUAUUCAUGACAGAAAAAAUACAAUAGCUUACAUAAACACCAUUUCAAAAUAUUAAAGUACAAAGCAAUACAGGAAGACAAGAAAACAAAUUUUAAAAAUUAAAUCAAUAAUACCAAAAAAGAAAGAAAUGCAUAACUGCACAACAGAAAAAGGUACAACAAUCCAAAUCUCUAGCUACAAACUAAAAAAUGAUAGUGCUAUACUCUUCUUUUUUCAUUUUAAUCCAUGAAACUAAAAGAUGAUGGUUGACUGGCGACUUUAAGCUGUUCACACACAUUGCCUUUUUCUUGUUUCAAAGGUUCUUUCUGAAAAUGGUAUAUAUAUAUUUAUUUAUUUUUUUUAUUUUAUUUUACAUUUGUUAACCGGGAAAAUCCAGCUGGACCAGGUCCAUUUUCAGUGGAUGCCCGGGGAGAAAAGCUCCACAAUUAACAUAUAGUAAAGUAGUUAUGACAGAGGUAAUACAGACAUGAAAAACAGGUUAAUUGUAAGUACACAUAUACAAAUAUUGUUCACAAUGGUUCAACUGUGAUUGGUAAAGAACCGAUACUUUGAUAAAGCAUUACAUAUAAAGUACAACUGACCUGACAGAGAAAAUGCUAUUCUUUAAAUAACAUUUGCAUACAAUUUGUGUUUUACAUUUGCUUCUAUUACGGAACAGAGAAGGAAAAAUAAUAUAACCUGAGCAAAUGACCAUUUUGGUUUAGGGUAAGUGUUAUUUUUGACACAUAUAUAUAUAUAUAUAUAUAUAUAUAUAUAUAUAUAUAUAUAUAUAUAUAUAUAUAUAUAUGGGUCACUAUCAUAAGAUUGAAGUUCCAGAACUUCGAAUCAUUAAAGAUUGAACUUUAAUGUUCAAAGUCUUGGAACUUCAAAAAUAAAAUAAAAAAAAGUUAAACAAACAAACAAAAAAAUGCUCUAAGAAGAAGGGCAGGCCACCCAGCACACCCCACACCCCCAGCUACUUAACUAUACCAACUCCGAGAUCGCACUACAUUGCAGAAAAAGGAAAUCUUCCCUUUCCGUGCUAUAUGGCGAUCUCCGUUCUAAGAUUCAAGGUUUUAAAACUUUGAUCAUUAGGGCAUGACCUUUCAUGAUUCGAAAUUUUAAAACUUUGAUCUUAUGAUAGGGACCCUUAUAUAUAUAUAUAUAUAUAUAUAUAUAUAUAUAUAUAUAUAUAUAUAUAUAUAUACACAACACUAUAGUCUUUUCAUGUGACCCAAUGGCAAUUGAUGGAAACUGAGACACAGUCAUGGAGAUGAUAAAACACAAAAAAUAAAUUCACUUCAACCUGAGCAAA